CUGAGUUGAAUCUGGGACCCGACGAUGCCAUAGUCCGACAUCACCAAGACCACUUUCGUCAAGUGCUAGAUGUUUGAAGUUCAAGAGACGCACUUCCUAAAUGCGGCGGGAACGAGGAUUCUGCAAACAAUAUGCUGGCAUGUCUUUAAAUUGGGGUUGUCACAAUCGCCUACCACUACUUGCAGGCACAAUAUCCUGAAUUUUUAAAAGCGCCUCUCGGGGUUCGGAUUCUAAACACUUGCUGUGCAAUGACGCCAGUAGCGUUCUAUUCCUUCGGAAUACUCGUGAGAUUCCAUCCUGACGGGUUUAUAUAAAAUGUCAACAAACCUUGGCUUCCAUCCCCAUCAUCCAAAACGUCUUGAAUUUGUUUCUCCUUGUACAACUGAAAGCCAUGUCUGAACUGCGUAAGCGCCAGGGCCCUGACAAAUUUGCUGAUACGGGCCCUCAGAAUAUUCUGCCCGGCAGGAGUACUUCUAUACCUGGGGUGCUGUCUGGAUUUGGCCCCUGUCGUCUUGUCACCCUGGUAUUUCUCGCUGUCUUUGCGGCUUGGUUCCUAUCCCCCGAGGGAACUUCGCCACUCUCACGAUCAUACGCAGUUUGCUCCCCUUCGGGUGCUCGGGUUUAUACUGUGGAUCAGGCUGCCCCAAACGUUCAGUGCCUUGUUGUGGAUGGAUCUUUAAUCCUGGACACUGGUUCCUUGGAGGAUGUCAUGGCACAUUGGGUUGCCAGUGGUCGUCUUCGUUCCUCUCUUCAAAUUCGUUAUUUGGACAAAUCUUCAAUCGUGGUUCCGGGGCUUAGUGAUUCACAUGCACACAUUCUUGAAUACGGUGCAAAUAGACAACUUCCCCUCGGAGGUGGAAAGACGAUCAAAGACACAGUUGCACUGGUCCGACGAUAUAUUUUGGACAACAAUGACAUACUCAAUGACCCUUCAAAAUUUAUUGAAGGUUGGGGAUGGGAUCAUACUUCUUGGCCAGUGGAAGAAUGGCCAACCUCAGAUGCCCUAGAGACGGACCCGAUCGUCCGUGGCCGGCCAGUCGUCCUACAAAGCAAGGAUGGCCAUGCGUUAUGGAUUUCGAAGAAAGCUCUUACGUUAAGCUCCCCGUGGCCAUCGGAAGUAGAAGGUGGUGUCAUUGUGAAAGAUUCGUUUGGCAAUCCGACCGGUGUUCUUCUUGACAAUGCCCAGGACCUUGUGAAGAGACCGGCUCCAACUGAACAAGACCUGCUGAGACGCUUCAAUGCCACAGUAAAGGAUGCCUUGUCCUGUGGUUUAACCUCCAUCCAUGAUGCGGGGUUCAAUCCUGUUUCACUUGAGUUCUUCAGAAGGCAAGCGGCGGCAGGAAAUCUUCCCGUUCGAAUUUAUGGGAUGAGAUACUUCGAUGAAAGCGUCCCUUAUUGGGGAAACCUCUCAAAACCAAUCAUCAAUGCAGGAAAUGGCAGGCUAAAUGCUCGCAGUGUCAAGAUGUUUGCUGAUGGUGCUUUACGCUCUGGUGGAGCAGCGCUGAACGAGCCGUACUGCGAUAACCCCCACACGAAAGGAUUCAUGCGUUUGGACCCCAAAGUCUUGACUGAUGUUAUACCCAAAUAUCUGAGAGAUGGAUGGCAGGUUAAUGUCCAUGCUAUCGGGGAUUAUGCCAAUGGUGUGGUUCUGGACACAUUCGAAACUGCCUUGAAGGACGUCAAUGUCACAGCACUCAGACCUCGCCUGGAACAUGCUCAGAUUUUGACAAAGACCGACAUGGAACGUGUCGGAAAGCUUGGAGUGAUUGCCAGCAUUCAACCUACUCAUGCCAUCAGUGAUAUGUGGUUUGCAGAAGACCGUCUUGGCUCUGAGCGGGUGAAGGGUUUAUAUGCCUUCCGCUCCUUACUUGACCACGGUUCUCGACUUGCCUUUGGUUCUGAUUUCCCGGUGGAAGACAUGAACCCGCUCUCUGGAUUCUAUGCAGCCAUUACCAGACUGUCUCCUGAAGGACAAUCACCCAGCGGCCCGUCGGGAUGGUUUCCAGAACAACGAUUGACUCGCAUGGAAGCCUUAAGAGGCAUGACGAUUGAUGCUGCGUAUGCUUCAUUUACCGAAAGCAACUUGGGUUCCCUUGUUCCGGGAAAACGGGCGGACUAUGUGGUGUUGUCGCAGGACAUAAUGACCAUCCCUGUCGAUCGAAUUUUGAACACCAAAGUUCAAGCUACGGUGAUCGAUGGGCGUCUUGCCUUUGGGCAGGUCUAGGACGUAGUGGAUGGAGGUGUGCUAGGGUGUAUCCAAAGCAAUCGACUUGGAGUUCUAAUAUACACGGGAUGGACCUCCUUGCUUACCGGGCCCCCUUGCUUACCCCCAAAAUACUAUAUUUUCUUUUCUUUCCUUUUUUACUUUUCUUUUGAUGUUCUUGGUUUACUUUUGAAUUUGAAGUGCAAUCGAUUGUGUUAGUUUAUUGAUUUUUCGUUUGAUGUUCUUGGUUUACUUUUGAAUUUGUAGUGCAAUCGAUUGUGUUAGUUUAUUGAU